AUGCACUUUAAGAAACUUUUUCCUUUAUUAUUGCUUUUAGGCGUCGCGACUGUCGUCUAUGCAGUUCCUCUGCAGCGACGUACAGGUCAAGGCGUCCUAAAGCGCCGUAACUUUGCAGAGGAUGUCCUUAACACGAAGAAUGCGUUACUUCAAUUCACGAAUGGGAUGAACAAGUUGUUGGAGGGGUUCUUGGCGGCGGGAGGUGGGCAAACCCCGCCUGCACAAACUCCUCCGGGUCAAAACGCACCUCCUCCUGGACCACCUCCUCCUACAGAAACUUCUCCGGGACAAAAUGUGCCUCCUCCUGGACCACCUCCUCCUGAACAGAACGUACCUCCUCCGGGGCCACCUCCUCCUGGACCACCUCCUGAACAAAACCCUCCCGCACCAGUCACAGUAGCCACCGCAAAAGGUGACGGCGGCCAGAAAAUGACGAUUCAAACAGUCCCGAGGCCGGAGCCUACGGAUGGACCCAAUGUGAUAAUCAUCAAGGUAGUUCCGGGAGAUAAUCCCCAAGUACCAGCGGCACCUGCGUCCCCUCAACCAGCGGCGAACCCACCCGCAGGUCCAGCACCUACUCCGGCCCCCGCGGCAGAGCAACCCACACCCCAAGCAGCUCCUCAGUCUGGUGGUGCUGCACCUAGUCCCACGGCGGCGCCAGGUGCAGCAGCCGAGACAGGCGACACGGCCGCUCCCGCUGAAACUGCCGCACCGACAGCAGCCAAUGAUGCGCCAGGUACGAAAGGUGGGGACGCUGCUCCCGCCCCAGCAACCGUAGAAGCUCCGGCAGCGCCUGCUUCCCCCACGGCCCCCGCUGAUGCAAAGACGGCACCCAAGACCGCUGGAAAAGCGCCACACCACGGUGGUGCAGCACCCGCGGCAGAUAAAGUCACACCUCAAGCAGCUCCUAAAGCUGGUGGCGCUGCACCUAGUCCUGCAGCGGCAGCAGCCGAGACAGAUGACACGGACGCUCCCGCUGAAACUGCAGCACCAACUGCAGCCAAAGAUGCGAAAGAUGCGAAAGGUGCGAAAGGUGCAAAAGGUGCAAAAGGUGGGAACGCUACUCCCCCUGCAGCAACAGUAAAAGCUCCAGCAGCGCCUGCUACACCCACGGACCCCGCUGAUGCAAAGACGGCACCCAAAACUGCUGCUGCAAAAGCACCACACCAUCCUGGUGCAGCAGCAUUUGCUUCAGGCCCCACGGCAGAUAACGUCACACCCCAAGCAGCUGCAAAAGCCCCACACCAUUUCGCACAAAUUUACGAACGGCAUGAAGGGGAGGAGAAAACACCUGGAGCACCUGGUGGACCUACGACGCCAAAUGGAGAGACGGCACCUAAAACUCCUGAAAAUCCUAAUGGGACACAAGUACCAGACGGGCCCACUUCCGGCGACAAGAAAACCGCUGAAGCUCCAGGCACCCCUACAGCUCCUGGCGACCAGAAGGGCAAUGAAACGCCACCAGCGAAAAUUCCUCCAACUCCUGGCGACAAGAAAACCGGCGGAAUCCCUGGCGACACAACCCCUACAGCUCCUGGCGACAAGAAGACUGGUGACAUCCCACCAGCAAAGACUCCUCCAACUCCUGGCGACAAGAAAAACGACGGCGCGCAAAAAGGAAAGAAGAAGGAGGCAGGAAAGAAAAAGGAAGGAGCAAAGAAAGGCGGCGACACGGCAGCAGAUAAGAAAACCGGCGGAACUCCAGCAACACCGGGGGGCACAACAACCCCGGGGGGAGCUAAAACCGGUGGAAAUGGGACACUUCCUGUCCCUGGUGCAGGAAAGACGCUAGCCGUCAAGAUCAUUGAUCAAACAGCCACGGUUCAAGGUAUCCCUAUUCGCUUCAAACUUGCAGCUCCCGAACAGUUCCUCGUUGGAGGGGCUAAUGGCAGCGCCGAUGGUUUGAUGGGUCUCAAUGUGCUGCUUCACGGCGAUGGUGGCUCUCCAUUUGAGGCUUUCCCGAACCAGACCCCGGCUAAUGGUCUGAUGGGUGUGGCCCUCUUAGCACCAAAGAAUCCGCAAAGCCGGAAUCUGCCCAUUUGGGGUGGUGGAAAAGGUGGAAACGAUCGUCCCCUAGGACCUCUUCAUUCCGCCGCCAUCAACGAUCUAAUCCAAAACGAGCUCCCUAAACUUGUCAACUUUGACAAAAACAAGGUCAGCUUUACGGGUGUCUCCGGUGGAUCCCUCCUACUAUCGGGAUACUUUAUGCCCAAGUUUGCAGCCGCCUACAAGGGCAACAAUUUCCUUUUAAAUUGUGGUGCUCUAGCCCCCGCUGUCAAAAUCCAGGAUCCCGCAGCCCUAGGGACCCUCCGUGUUCACUUUCAAUCCACGCAAAACGAACUUGCCGAUCUCAAACCCGAGUUUAACAAAGCCAUGGCAGCGUAUAGCAAGGAAUUGUCGGCAGCUGGGAUGAACGAUGAUGCCAUCAACAAGCAGUUUACCGCUGAUGCUUCCCCCAAAGGCGCACAUUGCGCUAUGGAUGGCAAGGCUUUUGUAUCUGGAAUCACUUUGAUGGUAAAUAACUUUGGGAAUGUAUUUGGAGACGGAAAUGUCCAAGGAAUUGGGCAAGUCAACAAGGGUAUUGUAGGAAGAAAAUUGUUUUAAGGCGUUUUCAUUACAAACUGUACAUAGUGUGAACUUGUAGAUCCGUGACUGAUAGGCUCUCUUUGCUGUAGAGUUAAGCACAUUUCAAUUAAGG